AUCACAUUCUUCAUGCUGCUGUCAGCUGUGUGUGUGAUGCUCAACCUGGCAGGCUCCAUACUCUCCUGCCAGAACGCCCAGCUGGUCAACUCUCUGGAGGAGUGUCAGCUGUGUGGAUGUGUGUUCUCCCCUCCUCCCCCCCAGCUCAAGUUUGACAGCGAUGGAGUGUGUGUGUGCUGCGAGCUGCAGCACCAGAGUACGAGCUGCAACAACCUGGGAGAGACUCUGAAACUGAAUCCACUGAGGGACUGCAACACCAUCCGCCUUCGUCUCAAGGAGCUGCUGUUCAGCGUAUGUGCCCUUAACGUCAUCUCCACCAUUGUGUGUGCCCUAGCCACUGCCAUGUGCUGUAUGCAGAUGGUUUCCACUGAUGUGCUGCAGAUGUUUAUGCCGCACAGAGCGCGAGCUCUAAAUGCUGACUGUAUGACCCCCCAUGGAACAAUCCUCCACCAGACACUGGACUUUGAUGAGUUUAUUCCUCCCAUUCCCCCACCACCAUACUACCCCCCGGAGUACACCUGCACCCCCUCAAUGGAUGGACAGAGAGGCCUGCACCUGGACUUCCCCCAUUCUCCCUUCAGUGCCAUCUACGGGGUUCCCAUCAACAGUCCAGGGACUCUGUACCCCACUGACCUGCCUCCUCCAUAUGAGUCUGUGGUGGGACAGACCCCGGCCAGUCAGGUCACCACCAGCAUGGAGCAGCAGGCCACUGAAUCCAGUCAGGGUGAGAGAAACACAACUGAAGGAUUCAGCACUCAGGCCUCGGUGGACAGUGCUUCACUGAUGGUGUCAGAGGUGGCAGAUCAGGACCAGACUUGCUCCUCAGAGGACUUGUGCUCCCUGGAGGUCCAGGGCUCUGACUCCUCUCCUUAUGGCAUGCUCAACACUGCUCCCGUCGAUGGAAGCUGCACCAGCCUUGAACUUUGCACACGUGACCAUCGUCGCCUGCCUAACACUGACGCUCGCCCAAGUGAUACAGGUUACAGUGAGUCCUCACACACACAGGAUUCUCUGGAGCGCUCUCCGGACUGGUCCUCAGAAAACUUCAGCAAUCUGGAGCAGGAGGAUUCCACGGACAACACACAUCCAUGUGGGGAGCUCAGGCCUGCAAUGCACAUAUGUGACGAGCUUGCGUCAGCUAAACAUUUACCAGAGGAGCCACCUAAAGCGUCAACACACUCCCUCAUUAAGGCACGAAUGAUGAGCCGGAAGCUCACGCUCCCUGUUGCUAUCCCCCCGCCGCCUCAGCCGUGCUCCCCCACCUCCGUGGCCUCGUCUGGUGGAACUUCCGGCAUCAGUCCUAUGGCUCAUUCUCAUUCUCCUUCCCCUUCCCCUCCCAGCAGGCCACGCGGCCCCAGGCUGUGUUUCAGUGUUUGGUCACCUUCCUCCGCAUCGCAACCCCCCUCUACCUCAGCCCAAAGUGGCCACUCGCCGUCAGAGAAGCCUCGGGGGCUCCGAGCAGCCAGGAGAUACCGCAAACUGGCACGCAUAGUCCGUUCUACCAGUGACCCCAUCUCAUGCUCCUCUACGUCAGGAAGAGAGAAUUGUGGCUGCAGCUCUGCAAAUAACCCUGCUGCUGAAGAUUCAACUCAUACAUCACCAGAGCAAGAAACAACAGAGGUUACAUCAGGAGUAAUUGGAGCUAAACCAAGUCACAUAAGUGUCAGGAAGCAGCAAAAGGAGGGCAGGAAAGUUGACCUGCACCUUAAAUCCCGCACCCUGCACACACACUCCUCCCACGAACGCCCACACUCCCUGGCUGACUUUAAGAUGUACAAAGACACCAAAGUACUGGUGGCCAAGUUCCUGGAGCAUUCCAGCUGCAGUCUACCUCCUGAAGUCCAGCAGGUUGUCAACAACAUCAAGUGUGUCAUCAAGUCGGAUGAGAAACACAUGGAGGAGGCCAUUUUUAGUGCCAAUGUCAUAGAUCAGGUGAUGACUCAGCGCGUCACUGGCAGUCCCAGGAAGCGUGGCCAUGAGGACCUCCACCUUCAGAGCUGCGGUGCUUUGAGUUCCCCUUCCAUGCGCCGUCCAAAACACCUCCAACAAACAACCAGCACCUCCACCAACCCACUGGACUCCCCCUCCUCUGAACAAAGCCUUGAGUGCAAAGAAACUAUUCUCUGA